GCUAAUCCGCAGAGUUUGCCUCAAUUGCUUGGCCAGCGCUUAAAUUAGUCGAGCAGCGACACUCAGCCGGUUCACUUGCAACAUGAAGAGCGACGAGAUCAUCGAGAAGAUACGCAGCAAGCUGAAGGAAUCGGAUCCUGCCCGGCGCACCGUGGUCAACACCUUUCAGUUCAACUUCACCGAUGCGGAUGGCAAUCUUAUCAGGAGCAUGGUCUUUGAUUUCAAAGCGCUGGACAUCUAUGAGGGCAGUGCUGCCAGUGCCGAUGCACAGGUCACCAUUUCGGAUGAGGAUUUCUAUUUGGUGGGCACUAAGCAGAAGACUUUUCAGGAGGUUCUGCAGCAGGAGAAGGCCAAGAUUGAUGGCGAUGAGGAAGCUAUUAACAAAAUGCUGGAGAAGUUUCGCAUAAACUCCCAGAACUAGCAAAGAGAGAUACAUUUAUUAUGCAUGAUAUUUAUGUAACGGUCCUUAUUUACUUUAUCAACCUCCCAGUAAUGACUGCAAUCACCACAAAUAAAUAUAUAUUAAUGUUUUGAACUCUAAAGAAAAUGUUUU